AUGAAAUUUCAAGUGAAAGUGGAGUAUGGGAGAGAGAAAUUUGUAAAGUUUUACGUUGAAGCAGAAGUUGUCGAUGGAAAGGUACUGAGGUAUUCAUUCUCCUCGCUUGUAGAAGACAUCCGACAGACCUGCGGUAGCUUGCGACAUCACACGUCCAGCACUUUGCGGAUACGAUACAAGGACGAAGAUGGCGAUUUUGUCAACCUCAACGAGGACGACACAGAUAAUUUUCAAGAGAUGUUUGUUCGUGCCAGUUCAGUAGAUGAAGGGCUAUAUCGGAAAGUACUUCUGAGAGUCAGUGAGCUAGAUUCACCUGUAGUUCAACCAACGGUCCAGGCAAAAAGAAGAAAGUUUGAACAAGAAAUGUCUACCCCAGCGCGGGAAACUGAGCACAUGCACAAACUUGAUCCUCGCUCACUUGAGAGCAGCUUUGCGAAUGCCGCAAAUCCCGAGCGAUCGCCACUCGACUACGUAAAAGCAGAAUUGGCCGAAAAUGUGCAGUUAAAAAACGUUUUAUUAUCGAGUGCGAAAGAGGAGUUGGUCAAGGCAACCGCCCAAAAUGAAGCGCUCACUCCUCUCUCAGCCAUACGAUCAAGGAUCUGUGGAAAUUGUCACGAAUCUGGUCAUACAAAACCGAAAUGUGUUUCACCUCCCUGUCCUUCUCAUGACGCUUGUGGUUUGAGGGACAAGCACCCUGAGCUGAAACUUAAGAUAUCAGAGCUGCAAAAAGAAAUCAAACGAUUACAGCAAGAACACUGCGAUGCAGAAUCAAAGCUGAAGGCGUUUUGCGAGUCCCGCGUGAAGGCAUCAACUUCAUUUUUUGCAGUAAUGCGUCCCAGACUUAAAGUGCGUAAUUUAAUCAAGUACAAUGACCGUGUUUCCUUAGACCGAGAUCUUCUUAUUCUUGAAAAAGCAUUGAAUGGAAAGAUUCCUGAAUUUGAUGUGAGCGAGGAUUGGCGGUUGCCAAUUCUGAUUGAACAGUAUCGAAAUAGAAAUGUUGAUAUUUAUUUGAACAGCGUCGUAGAUUGCCGCUCUUCAGUUUCCAAAUGA